AAUAUUAAAUUUUGAAAAUAAUUUUAAAACUUUGCUUAUUUAAAAAAGUAAAAAACAUUUUUAUUUCUUUGAUAAAAAAAUGAUUAACGAAGAUUCUUAAAAACUAAAAUUGCAAAUAAAACAAGGAGAAAAUUAAAACCUAACAACAUUUUAAUAAUAUUUAAAAAUAAAAUUAGAAAAAGAGUAAAAUUAAAAUUUUUUAUUAAGCUAAAAACAAAUAAAUUAAACUUUAAACAAUUUGUAAUAAACACAAUAAAUAUAUGAAACAGUUUAAAAAGAUAUACAAAGCUGCCUUCAAGGAAAAUAAUAAAAAUUAGAAAUAUAAUAUUAUUAAAAUCAAUAGCCAUAUUUUGAAAAAUAAACAAAUGAAUAUUAGUUGGUAAGACCUUAUACAGGAUUAUCAAAUAAAGAGAUGGAAAUUAUAUUUUAAUAAAAUCCUAUAUUUACAAAAAAUGAAUAAUAAAAGUUAAAUUAAUUUCGAAUAUCUAGUAGUACAAUAAACUUCUAUUCAGAAUUUAAAAGUUAAAAAAAGAAAAGGAUGGAAUAAUAAAUAACAGCAUUUGUAAAUAAAGUUGUAAAAUAAAAUGCUUUGAAAAAAAAUAGCAUAAAUAUAGAAAAUGAAGAAAAAGACAUACAUAAAUACAUAUAUCUAAACCACAAAAAACGUAUACAAAGUGCAAACUUAAAAUAAUUCGAAAAAUCAUUUUCAAGUAAAUUAGGAAGAAUAAAAUCUGCAUAAUAAAAACCUUCUAUAUCAUACUUUAAAAACAAAAUAAAGUAAGCUAAUUUAAAUAAUGAAAGUAUUAAUAAUGCUUAAAGCUUGAAAUAAAGCAAUACUGAUUUAUUUUAAAAAAAAUAGACGUUUUUUGGUUAGAUGCUUUUGGAAGCUAUUAGAAAUAAAAAAAAGUAAUAAAAUAAAAAUGGUUAAAACUCUGAAUUUUAAGUAAAAGAAAUUUAAAUUUUUUAAAAUUUCACUUAUAAAUCACCUUUCCCUCUUUGGCUUGUAAGAAAUAAAAAUUAUUAAAAUCUUAAACAGACAGAAGAAUUUGAUAUGAAUAAUAAAAUUAUUUCUAUUUGCAAAAAUGAGUAUAAAUAUAAACAUUUUUGUUUUUAUUUAAUAUAAUAAAUAAAUAUAUAAAAAAGACCUUUUAAUCGUAGCUAAUUUGAAAAAGAUAUUAUAUGCAUGUUUUUAUAAAAAUUACCUUUUUUUAAACUUAUGCCUUAUCAUAUGCUUGAGUUAAUAUCUUCAAGAUUAAAGUAUUGUUUUUAUAACGUUGGAUAAUACUUAUGUAAAUAGGGUGAUUAAGGUGACUGUAUGUUUAUAAUAUUUAAAGGAUAAGUAGAGAUAUUAAUUAAUGGGUUUUCAAUAAACAAAUUUUUUUAUUCUGGAGAGUUAGUUGGUAGAACAGCAUUAGAAGAAGAUAAACCAAGGUAUAUAUAAAAUAAAAAAAGUAAAAAUAAAAAAAUAUAUUAUUAAAGAAAUGCUGAUGUGAGAGUAAAGGUCCCUUGUCAUAUUUUAACUUUAAACAAAAUGGAUUAUUCAUAAUGUUUAACAGUAUUAUAAAAAAAAAUUAAAAAAAAAAAAUUAAAAAAUUAAAAUUAAAGAGAGCAGUUUAAAAUGAAAAAGUUAAUAUUUUAGAAUUCAUAUCAAAUUUAUCUUUUUUUAGGCAUUUUAGUACAUAAAAAAUAGAACGUUUAUGUCAAGAAAUAAAGGAAAAUUUUUGGCUCCAAAAGAAUGUUUAUAUAAGGAAGGAAAUUCUAUAGAUAAUUUUUAUAUAGUAAAAAGUGGACAUUUAAUAAAAGUACUUAAUAUUGUUUUAGAAAAAAAGAAUAAAUGGCCAAUAUAAUCUGUAGGAAUAAGCUAAUGGGAAAGUCAUAUUUAUAAAAAGAAGUAUUAAUGUACUAUUGA